GAGUGACGUCACGACCUAACUUGGCUCCGGGAAGUAAACAAACGUCGCUCGUCGCUCGCCCAGUGCAUGGUUGUACGACGAAAGGGAAUGCUACCUUUCACUUUGUGCUUAAUUUAGUUGUUUCUCCCACUGCCAGUGCUUAAUUUGUUUAGGAAUGGAGGAUAAUAGAACAUAUCUGCCACCUGAAUGGAACAAUGAGGAAAGGAUGAGAGUGCUGAUGGGCCCCAUGCCCCAGACACAGGAUGUUGUUGCACGAAAUGCUCGUCUCACAUUUUGGACUGCUGCUAUACAUCUGUGGUGCAAAAGGACAAACAAGCUUGUCUUUACACUUCAGGAAACACUUGCAGCCUUUAGGCGGGGUACUCAGGUCCCUCUUUGUAUACCGGAAGUUCUUGUACAUAUGAACAGCACAGCUGAAGUUUUACCAAUAAGUGAACUUCCAUUAGGAGAGCAAUCACAAGAAUCUUGGUUGAGGUGGGGCCAACGAAUCUUUAUAGCAACACCAGCACAUUUCGCCUGGAAUAAGUUCAAAAAGAUUGUUGGAGUCAGUAAUGUAGAAGGAACUACUUUUGUCAAUAAAGUGAUGUUGCAGGAAAUGUGUGAUCAAGUGAUAAAGAGAUACUGGGAAUCUGCAGCUAAGAAUUAUCCGGUGAAUCUACCAGUUGCUUUACCUCACCUGUACCAUAGAAUUAAUGAAUGUAUUGGAUCUGCAGACAACCUCCACUUAAUAGUGGAAACUCUUGCUUAUCAAGAACAAGCAGCAACUACUGUUCAUAAUGGCACAACCUAUGUGAAAUUUUUAAUGCCAGGAGAUACAAGCAAACCUGAUAUAAGAAUGGCUGAUCUUGCUGAGAUUAACUUGCUUUGCGCACUGGAGCAAGUUCAAGAUAACAUAAACAACAUCAAUGCAGAGAUUACUGAACAGCAGAAAUAUGCCAAAUCUUCUCUUCAGUCAGGUUCUAAGGUUCAGGCACUCUCAUGUUUAAGGAAGAAAAGGAGGCUUGAAAAAUCACUUUCAAAACAAUUAGGAGCCUUGGAGAAUGUUUCAAAUUGUCUUCAGCAGCUACAAGAAACAAGGAUUAAUAAACAAAUACUCCAUGCCUUCAAGACAGGUAUGCAGGCAAUUCGUGAUUCUUUUGCAAAUGAUAUGUCAGCUGAAGGUGUUGCUAAUACGAUGGAUGAACUACAAGAAGUGCUUGAGGAAUGUAAAGAUAUAAAUUCAGUCCUCGCCACUGGUGUUAUGGAAGAGGAUGUAGAUGAUACUUCUUUGCAAGAAGAACUGGAUCAACUAAUGUCAACAGAUCAGAAAUCUUUAAACCAUCAUGAUGAAUUGAUAAAGAGCAUGUCAGGUCUCACUCUUCCUGAUGUCCCUCAAAGCAACCCGUUGUCAUCUCUGAAUGCACAACCAAGUUCCCCAACUCUGAGAGCUACACCAUGAGGAAUGGUCAAAGAAUAAUGUGUGGACUCUUAAGUCACACAAACUGCCCUUUUGUUGUUAAUGUCAGAAAUAUAAUAUAACAAUGUA